AUGCGGGCCUUCAGCACCUACUCGGGCUCCCCCUCGCCGCAGCCCAAGCCCAGCAGCUCCCCCAGCGAGGCCCUGCAGGCCCUGCUGCAGUCCGACCUCGCGGCCAGUAUGAAGGUGAUGGCCGAGGGCGCCGCGGCGCAGAGCGUGGAGCAGGUGCGCAAGCUGAGUGCCGCCGCGGCUGCCGCCGCCCUUGCAGCGGGCGCCCGCGUGACGGAGGAGGCCAAGGAGAGGGACGCGCCGGCUACCCCGCCACUGGGCAUGCCCAUGCGCAUGCGCUCCGCCCUGGAGCAGGCCUCCCACCAGACCAACGAGGCUCAGUAUGUCCCCCGCUCAUGA